AUGAGCUCGCUGAAGCAGAGAAUACAGAAAGAAAGGGAGACGUUCACUCAGCAGUCUGAAAGCCCUGACGUAGUGUAUGAGGCAUACAUGACAAUAAAUCCCAUUGUGAAGUCAUGGGCAAUUGCUGUGGAUAAAUACAAUUCUUCAGUGAUUGCCUUUGUCAUGUAUAAAAAAAAUUUAGUUUUCCCAGAAUCUGUGGUAAAAGCAUCCGACGCAGAUGCAGGGCUCUACGGCUUUGUUGAGUAUUCUCUUUAUGAUGGAUUCCAAAGUGACAAGGCACCUCCAGCAUUCCAGAUUGACCCACACGAUGGGCGAAUCUGCGUGUUGCAGGAUAUCGACAGGGAACAGGAUCCAGCCACUUUUGAUCUGCUGGUGAAAGCUAAGGAUGGGGGUGGACUCAGUGCCCAAGCAUUUGUCCGUGUGGAGCUGGAGGAUGUGAACGACAACCGCCCUGUGUUCAACCCGCCAACCUACGUGACAAGUAUCAGUCGGGAGGCCCAGCCUGGUACCGAGGUCAUCAGUGUUCUCGCCAGUGACAGGGACUUGGGGGUAUACGGAACAGUGUCUUACGAACUCCUUCCGGGAGACCUGUCGUCCCAUUUUUCCAUUGACUCCACCACAGGAAUUAUUUACUUAACAUCAACACUCAGUCAUUUGGAACCUGCUACACUUUUUCUGGUGGUCUGUGCUCAAGAUGGUGGUGGGCUCACGGCUGCUGUUAAUGCUGAUGUCACUGUACACAUUGUUCCCACCACACUCGCUCCUGCUGGAUUUGAAAGGCCCAAGUACACUUUCUUGGUUUAUGAAGAUGUGCCUGAAGGCAGUUCUGUCGGGACAGUGAAAGCAAGAGAGGCUUUAAAUUCCUCAGAACUGAUCUUUUAUCGCAUUUCUUCUGGUGACCUGGAUGGAACAUUCUCCAUUCACCCAUGGCUGGGCACAAUUUGCACCCAGAAGCCUCUGGACCACGAGACGCAGCCGGUGGUGGUUCUCACCGUGCAGGCACAGCUUGGCAGCUCCCCGGCCUGCAGCAGCACAGAGGUCAAUAUCACGGUGAUGGACAUCAAUGACAAUGGCCCCGAGUUUCCCAGGGCCUCGGAUGAGGUCAGGAUUUCCCUGACCACGCCUCCUGGCACAGCCCUGUACCUCGCACGUGCAGAGGACAAAGACAGCGGCCCCAAUGGACUCAUCCGCUAUGCCAUUGCAGGCCCAGGCCCCAGCGCCUUUGCCAUGGACCCCGUGCUCGGCAUGGUGUCCCUGCGUGGGAGCCUGGGAGGUGACACGCCUCAGAAGCACACACUGACCCUCGUGGCUCAGGACCAUGGUGCACCUGCUCGGGCGUCUCUGAUGGUGCUGACCAUAGUAGUGGAAAAGCAUGAAGAAAGGCCGGCCUUGACCUUUGAAAAUUUGGUCUAUCACGUGGAGGUGAGUGAGUCCCUCGCCCCGAGGACACAGAUCUUGCAAAUCCUGGCCUGGCCCCUCAGCCCGCAGCGCCAGGCCUCCCAGAUCUUGUACUCCCUGGAGGCCAGUAUGAACUCUGCCAUGUUUGGGGUCCACCCCCACACAGGCUGGAUUUAUCUGCGGGGACGGCUUGACUAUGAAAGGACACGAACAUACAGCCUGACAGCAUUUGCCGGGAUCCGCAAAGACACAGUGUUGCAAAAUGUGAGCUCCACAGUAAUUAUUCAUGUCCUGGAUGAGAACGACAAUUCCCCUACCUUCUUGCAUGACAUGUUGUUUUUGAAAGUGGAGGAGAGCCCUAUUCCCCUAGGAGUAGUAGGCAAAAUUACUGCCCUUGACACCGAUGCUGGAAAGAAUGGACAGCUCUCUUAUUUCCUUUUGUCUGGUGGAGAAUUCUUCAAGAUGAAUCCUAACACAGGUAGUGUAUUCACCAUUCAUGUCACAAGCUGUAACGGUGCCCUACCCCUUCAUGGGACAGGAUUUAGAUUUAGUUCUGAUGAACUGCAAGCCUUUGUUGUAAAAGCCAGGAGGGUCUCUUGUGCCCCAUGCUCCUCAGGUGAACUAAUCAGUUGGUUGGCACUGGAUCGUGAGCAUCAGGGACACCAUCAGAUGACUGUCCUAGUGACAGACCAUGGCUCUCCACCUCGAAGUGCCACCAUGGUAGUUUAUGUCACAGUUACCGACACCAAUGACAACAGGCCGUUUUUCCCACAGUGUCUCCCUGGAAAGGAAUUUCAUAUCAAGGUUCUGGAAGGUCAGCCAGCAAAUACAUUGGUUACAACUGUGUUUGCGAAGGAUCUUGACAUAGGAAUCAAUGCAGAAGUUACGUACAUGGCAUCUCCAGAAGAUUAUUCUGAUCACUUUAAGAUUGAUGCCAACAAUGGUGAGAUUAGAACAGCCACAAUACUUUCAUUUGACUACAGACCUACCUACAGGAUGACAGUUAUUGCCAGUGACCAGGGAGUGCCUCCACUUCAAGGACAAGCAAUUAUCAAUAUACAGGUGAUACCUCUUUCCAAAGGGAGAGUUUUCGGUUCUCAGAAUAUCAGACAUUUAGUUAUACCAGAAAACUUGAAACCUGCAAAAAUAAUGAGCCUGAUAAAGUCACCCGACCACCGUCAGUCACAUCAUUAUGGAAAGUCACAUUUUAGUAUUGCAGCAGAGGACAAGGAUGGACACUUUGAAAUCGACAGCUCAACAGGAGACUUGCUCCUUUCUCAGGAACUUGACUAUGAAAUGACAUCUCGUUAUCUUUUCAGGGUGAUUACUACAGACGAUAGCCAGAGUCCUCCCCUAGACAGCACGGUCUUCCUUAGUAUUGACGUGGAAGAUCAGAAUGACCACUCCCCAUCUUUCCAGGAUGAGUUCAUUGUGAUAAGUGUAGAAGAGAAUGUUCCCGUGGGUACCCUGGUGUAUGUCUUCCAUGCCAAAGACGGUGAUGGCAGCUUUCUGAACAGUAGGAUCCAAUACGUCAUUGAAUCCCACCACGCUGGAAUGAAUCCCUUUCUCAUCCACCCCUCCUUUGGCACACUGGUCACCGCAUCGCUCCUGGACAGAGAGAGCAUGCCAACCAUUGUCCUGACCGUGACAGCAUCUGAUCAGGCUGUGAACGUGACAGACCGGCGACUGAGGUCGCUGAUAGCAGAAGUGGUGAUCUUGGAUGUAAAUGACCACAGCCCCACUUUCACAUCCGUCCCCAUGGCCUAUGUCAGAGAGGACGCCAGGGUGGGCUCCGUGGUGCACCAUGUAAGUGCUCACGAUCCAGAUGAAGGGAGGAAUGGAACAGUAACCUACAGCAUCCUCUCAGGAAACGAGAACAUGGUCUUUGUGCUAGAUGAAUCGUCAGGCUUACUAACUACAGCUUGUCCUUUGAAUUAUGAAAUGAAAACUCGGCACAUCCUGACCCUCCUGGCCCAGGAUGAUGGCACACCAGCCCUGUCUUCAUCCCAGACUUUGACGGUGACUGUCCUGGAUGUGAAUGAUGAGGCUCCAGUGUUUAAGCAGCACCUGUAUGAAGCUUCGGUUAAAGAAAACCAAAGCCCAGGAGAGUUUGUCACAAGGGUUGAAGCCGAGGACAGAGAUUCAGGAAUCAAUUCCAAGCUUCAGUUUGAAAUCAUGCCAGGUGCUUCCUCUGGGUUGUUCAAGAUCAAUCCUGACAAUGGAGAAGUGGUGACAACCGCCAUGCUUGACAGAGAAAUUCAGGAAGUUUUCACCCUUCGAGUACUUGUGCAAGAUGGGGGAGUCCCGUCAUUGUCCAGCACCACAAUAAUUCGAUGCACUGUUGAAGAUGAAAAUGAUCAUGCACCGGAAUUUAUUGUCCCCAGUCAUGACAUUGAGGUUCUGGAAAACCAAGAACCAGGGGUGGUCUACACUGUUUUCGCCUUUGACAUAGAUGCUGGCAGUAACGGAGCUGUCAAAUACCACAUAGUCAAAGGAAACACCAACAACUACUUUGCUAUUCAUGAAACUUCAGGAGAACUCUCAACCACUCGUGCUUUGGACCGGGAGCAAGUCAACAAUUUUACCCUUGUCAUCCUGUGCUCUGACUUGGGGGAUCCACCUCAGAGCUCUGUGAUAGAGCUGCAAGUUAGGGUUUUGGAUGACAAUGACCAUAGCCCUUGGUUUCCAAGGCUUCAUUACCAGUGCUCUGUGACAGAAGAUGCUGAAGUGGGAACUGUGGUUCUGGUGCUGUCCGCUGUGGAUAAGGAUGAAGGCCUGAAUGGGCAAACAGAGUAUUUCCUGAUGGAUGAGUCUUCUGGUGCCUUUACCAUUGAUCCUGUGAUAGGAACACUAAGAACUGGCCACAGGCUCGAUCGAGAAGCCAGAUCUCAGUACACAUUUCGGGCUGUAGCCAGAGACUGUAGCAUCCAAGGCUCAAGAAGCACCACAGUAACCAUUAGUGUAUCUGUCGCUGAUGCUAAUGAUAAUGACCCAGUUUGGGAACAAAACCCCUUCGAUGUUACUCUUUCACCCCAUUUGCUUACAAACCAGACAGUUGCUCUUCUGAGAGCCUGUGAUCCAGAUGUGGGGCCCAAUGGAACUGUCACUUUCAGUUUUGCAAAUACCCAGUCAAUGUUUUCUAUCAAUGAAUAUACAGGAGAAAUUAAACUUCAGCAAAACCCAACUUUGGAAUAUUUUCCUAUCUGGCUGCAGUUAAAAGUCACAGAUCAAGGGGCCCCAGCCAGGACAACCAGUGGUCUCUUGGUCAUUCACAGGGAAGGAGAGGAUGUGAAAAUUUCUUUCAGCCAUCAUCUAUAUAAAGGACUUGUGACUGAAAACUGUGAGGCAGGUACUUCUAUUGUGACAGUAAAAGCUUUUGCUCCUGACUCAAUUCAAGACAAUAUUAAAUAUUCAAUUUUUAGUGGAAAUGAAGAUGGAGCUUUUUCCCUUGGCUCCAACUCAGGACAUCUCACUGUGAAAGAACCCAAAUUCCUUGAUUUUGAAGUCAAAAGGGAGGUGCAACUCAUCAUUUUAGCUGAAAAUAGUGGGCAUCAAGCCUACAGCAAAGUGGCAGUGUUGGUACAGGAUGUAAAUGACAAUUCGCCACACUUUGAGCAAAGUGUUUACCACACGGCAGUGUCUGAAGGCCAGCUCUACAAUGCUCAGGUCAUACAGGUUUUUGCUACUGACCUGGACAGUGGGCUGAAUGGCCUGAUUGAGUAUUCAAUUCUCUCUGGCAACCAAGAAGAAGCCUUCAGCAUUGAUGCAGUGAGUGGUAUGAUAACCACCAGCGUGGUGCUGGAUUAUGAGUCCACUGGCUCCUACAGCUUGAUUGUGCAAGCCACAGAUAGAGGGAUUCCCAGGCUUUCUGAUAUGACUAUGGUCAAGAUACAAGUGACCAAUAUAAAUGACAACGCCCCUGCCUUUCUCUCCUUGGAUGCAGUAAAAAUUGCAGAAAAUUCUUUGCCUGGUGCAGUUGUGUCUCGGGUGUCAGUUCAUGACAUGGAUACAAAUCCAACUUUCACCUUCAGUUUUGCCAAAGAGAGCAGUCCUGGAACUAAGUUCUUGAUGGAUCAGAGCACUGGGGUGGUAAUGUUGGUGGAAACAUUGGAUUUUGAAGAAGCUACUGAAUACGAGCUGGCAAUCCAAGUGUCUGACUCAGUGCACCACACGGAGGGAUCCCUCCUUGUCUGUGUGUUGGACGCCAAUGACAACCCACCAGUGUUUUCUCAAGAUUUCUAUCAGGUCGCCAUUCCUGAAUCAGUGCCUCUGGGGUACUCAGUGUUGACUGUGUCAGCCACAGAUGUAGAAAGCAGUGAGAACAUUUCUUACAGAAUCCUUUCCUCGUCUAAGGAAUUUUCCAUCGAUCCUGUGAAUGGCACCAUAUUUACUGUCAAUCCUGUAUCACUUCUGGAUAAAAUAUCAACAAUCCGACUUCUUGUUGAAGCCAGUGAUGGUGGAAUUCCUGACCUUAGGGCUCUCACAUUAGUAGAAAUAGAAAUCCGAGAUAUGAACAAUCAUGCCCCUGAGUUUGAUACAGAGUACUAUAAUCUCAGCUUGAGUGAAGACACUCAGGUAGGAAGCACAGUCAUCACAUUUUCAACUGUUGACCACGACUGGACGCUCGAAAACAUACAUGUUGAAUAUUUCAUCGUCAGUGGUGAUCCACAGGACUACUUCCACGUGGAAACUCAUUUGAUUCACUCAGAAUAUCCUUUUAAGCAAGUUGGUUCUCUUGUGUUGCUUCACAGUCUGGACAGAGAAACCAUUGCCAGCCAUCAGCUUGUCAUACUGGCAUCGGACCUUGGCUGCCCUCCACUCAGUUCCACAGCUGUCAUAUCCAUACAAGUACUUGAUGUCAAUGAUAGUCCGCCCAAAUUCAGCAGUCUGGAAUAUCAAGCCCAUGUCAAAGAAAGUACUCCUCUAGGGAGCUACAUUACUGUGGUCUCAGCAAAUGACCGUGACUUGGGGUCCCACGCAGAAACCGUCUAUAGCAUUAUCUCUGGAAAUGAGAAGGAACAUUUUCACUUAGAAGAAAAAACUGGAGUCCUUUAUUUGGUGAAACCUCUGGAUUAUGAAGAAACGAUAAAAUUUACUUUAACUGUCCAAGCUUCUGAUGAAGAAAAGAAGUACUUUUCUUUUGCAGUUGUGUUUAUCAAUGUCUUAGACGAUAAUGACCACACUCCUCAGUUCAUGUUCUCAAGCUUGAGUUGUGUUGUUCCGGAAAAUCUGCCUGUCCGCUCCACCAUAUGUUCUGUAAGUGCUUUGGAUUUUGAUGCAGGACCAUAUGGAGAAGUGACCUAUUCUAUUUUAUCACCCUGUCUUGUCGCCCAUGGAAUUCCUCCUGCUCGGGAUCUCUUCGUCAUUGACUCUUUAACAGGUGACAUCUAUGCUAAACAAAUCCUUGACUAUGAAAGUGUCAAUAAGUACUGCCUCACAGUUCAGGCCAAAGACAGAGGUGGUUCAACAGCCUCCUUAAUAGUCUGGAUAGAUGUUGAAGGGAUAGAUGAAUUUGAACCUGUUUUCACUCAAGAUCAAUACUUUUUCAACCUCCCAGAAAAGAAUCAAGGAAGACAGCUGAUUGGUAGAGUAGAAGCCUCGGAUGCAGACGCUGGUGUGGAUGGGGUCAUUUUUUACUCCCUUGGGACUUCAUCUCCUUUCUUUUCAAUAAACAAAACCAAUGGUAACAUUUACUGGAUUAGAGACCCUCCCCUAAUAAACAGUCAAGUAAGCAAAGAAGACACCUUUGAAAUGAAAAUAAUUGCUCAAAGCCCCAAACCAGGCUCCAAGUUCACAUCCUGCAGCGUGUUUGUCAAUGUGUCCUUGUCCUCGGAAGGAAACAGUGCCACAAUAUCUGUGGACAGCUUCUCCCUCAGCCUCACUGUCUCCUCUUUAAUGUUUCUGUUACUCAUCUGCAUUCUGAUUGCACUGAUUUUAAGAUAUAAACAAAAAAACACGCUACAUUGUUAUGAAGAGAAGAAGAUGUCACCCUCCUUAGAUGUUGAUCUGAGGCUGAUAGGAGAAGCCACAAUGCUCCAGGAGGUAAAGGAGUGCAGGGAGGAGGCAGGGCCCAGGGGUGCCAUGCCCGAAUGGUUGGGCUUAAUAAGCAUCAUGGAAAAGGACAUUGCCAACAUGUAUAGGCACUCAAAUUCCAGUGGCCACUGUUCUGUGGAAGGAGAAACUGCAGAAGAUAAGGAAAUCCAGAGGAUAAAUGAACAUCCUUACAGAAAGGACUCAGACUCGCCUCUGAGUGAUCAGGGGUCCAGGGUGCCAGACUCAGGGAUCCCCAGGGACUCAGACCAGCUCUCCUGCCUGUCUGGGGAAACCGAUGUGAUGGCCAGUACUGAAGCAGCAGAAGCCAGUCACACAUUUGAAGGAGGAGAUGGAGGCAAAGGCUGCAGUGCCAUCUAUGUUCAACGUAAUGUGCUUCCCCAGGCUCUGCAGAAGCGAGACACAAAAGGUGUCCUGGCUGAUGGCGGGAAAGAGUUUAUUUCAGGUGAUCAAGAAACAAGAUGUGGGGCUUUUUCAACUCAGAUAACCUCUGAGCAUAAUGUUAGGGGAAACUAUACGUGGGAUUGUCUCCUCAACUGGGAACCCAAGUUCCAACCUCUUGCGUCAGUAUUUAAUGACAUUGCAAAACUGAAGGAUGAACAUUUACCUAUGCCUGGUAUUCCAAAAGAGAAGUCUUUUGUUUUUCCACCACCUCUGAUAACAGCAGUAGCCCAGCCUGGAAUUAAAGCAAUUCCACCAAGAAUGCCAGCUGUAGCCCUGGGGCAGGUACUUCAGAAAUACCCCCGCUCCCCCCUUCUCUACCAUGGUGGUUCCCUGCCAGAAGCCAUGACCCCCAACUUUUCCCCAUCUCUUUCCCUGUUGACUAUGCAGACCCCUGCCAGGUCGCCACUAUUGUCAGAUGGAGAAUUAUUAGAGACACAAGGGAGUGGUACGUGUUGUGAACUGAAAGAAGAUGAAGUUCAAAUCUAA